CUCCACUGGUUCAAACAACUAGAGAAGCGAAGGAAGGAAGUAGAAAUGUGUUGUAAAAAACAAUAUUAUUAAAUAAAGCUCCAAUGGAAGAUAGAGUGAUAGAGUAAGGCUUUGGACAACCUCUCUCUCUCUCUCUCUCUCUCUCUCUCCUCUCUUGGUUACCUUGUUUGGAACCCAAGUCCUCAAAGAAGGAAGAAAUAUGGGAUGCCCUUUACAAAUCCUUCUCUAAUUAGCCUUCUCCUUCUUCUUCUUCACCUCGUUUUUGUUCUGUUAGAUCUGCGACUAUUCAUUCCUCUGUUUCUCCUCCAUUCUCUUGGUUUAUUUCCUCUGAGACGAAGCAAUGAGUAAAGAGGAGUUUCUGAAGAUCAAGAAAUGUGUUCUUAAAGUGAAUAUCCACUGUGAUGGAUGUAAGCAGAAAGUGAAGAAAAUCUUGCAGAAAAUUGAUGGGGUUUUCACUAUAGAUAUAGAUGCAGAGGUAGGGAAGGUGACAGUCUCUGGAAAUGUAGACCCAGCCACUUUAAUCAAUAAGCUUGCGAAAUCGAAGAAAUAUGCAGAGAUUUGGGGAGCUCCGAAGGAAAAUCCCAGCAAUAACAAUGGCGGCCAGCAGAGCCAACUUGAAACUAUGAUGAAGAAUUUGCAGGUUGACAAUGGAAAAGGUGGGGACAAUAAUAAACAGGGGGCUCAAAAGGGGGCAAAUAAUCAGCCGAAACCGAGCGGCGGCGGUGGCGGUGGUGGCCUGCCGCAGUUUUCGCCGCAGCAGCUUCAACAGCUGCAGCAAUUACAGCAGCAGAUGAAUGGGUUUCAGCUACAAGAUCCGAAGAUGAUGCCAACGCAGCUGAAGGGUUUGAGAAUGCCGCCGUUUAAUGAUCCGAUGUCGGCGAAUCAGAAGGCGGUGAAGUUCGAUUUGCCGGAGGAGGAGGAUGAUCUGACUGAUGAUGAUGAUGAUUUUGAAGAUGAUGAUCUUGAAGAUGAUUUUGAUGAUGAUUUUGAAGAUGAUUUGGAUGAUAUUCCUCUUCCUCCGAAUAAAAUGAAGCCUCCGAUGGGCGGUGUCGGUGGCGGUAUAGGCGCCGGCGCCGGCGCUGUUGGUGGCGGUGUUGGUCAGAUGCCGAACAUGAUGAUGAUGAAUGCGAAUAUGAUGAAUAUGCAGCAACUAAUGAACGCUCAGAAGGCUGCUAUGGGAGCUGAUAAAAUGCCCGGCGGUGGCGGAGCUAUGCCAAUGCCAAUGCCAAUGAAUGGAAUGGGCGGUGGAGGUGGAAAUGGAGGAAAGAAAGGUGGUGCUUCCGGCGGCGGGAACCAGAGUCAUGGCGGCGGCGGUGGUGGCAAAAAUGGAGGCAAAAGCGGCGAAGCUAAGAAUGGGAAUAAUAAUGGUGGGGCUCACAAGAACGGCAACAAUAGCGGCGGCGGUGGCGGUGGCGGCCCAAUUAAUACUGGCAACGGCGGGAAUAGGGUCGGUGGUGAAAUGGGUCAUGUAAUGAACGGUGGUGGUCCUCGUGGGUUUCCAACCAUGGGUGGUCCUCACGGACUACCGGCAGGAGGAAUGUCCGCCGCUGCUGCAGGCGGGGCCGUCCGCCCGAUGGGAAACAUGAACAUGCCAAUGGCACAAAUGGGCAACAUGCAAAUGAGCCAAAUGGGCUCGAUCCCGGCAGUCCAAGGACUACCAGCGACUGCCAUGAACGGCGUCGGACACGGCGGUGGGUAUUUCCAAGGACCAGGCGGAGCAUCGGAAGCAAUGGGUGGAAAUCCAUACCAACAGCAACAAUACAUGGCAGCCAUGAUGAACCAACAACGCGCCGCCAUGGCCAACCAACCAAUGAUGUACGCACGGCAACCGCCAGCGGUGAACUACCUUCCGCCGUACCCAUAUCCGCCACCACCGCCAGGCGGCGACAAUUACAGCCACUAUUUCAGCGACGAAAACACCUCAAGCUGCCAUGUAAUGUGAAAAAAAUCAAAAGAAACAAGAAACCCAGAAUUUGCAGAGCCUUGCCACCAUGGUUCCAGCUCUCAAUUAUGCCGAUGAAAUUCUGGUGUUCAUGACAGAUAAAAAUGUUCAGUUUAUAGUUGUUUUUUCUUCAGAAGCUCAAGAAAUCCACACCAAAAAAAAAAAAAAAAAGAAACUUGGAAUUUCGAUUAUGCUCUUAUCUUAUACUUUGGGAAUUAAUGGUUUUUAAUUGUCAGUAAUCUCUCUCCAUUUAACUGUUCUUAUCCUAAUUAGGUUCUAAAUUAUAGUU